CUCAAGAACCCCACUCCACAUUGGCUCGGUGGCUAGGAGAAGAAGAUGGAAGAGAACUGCGAAGAUUGCAUGAGAUGGGAAGAACAACUCUACUGGAAUCAUUUUCAAACCGUCCAUUUCUCUCAGCUCCUCCUUCCUGGCUUUCACAAUCUCCUUGCCAUACCUAAAAAGUUUUCCACAUAUUGCAAAAGAAAACUACCCAAGAUUGUAACACUCAAAAGUCCAAGCGGCGCUAAAUACAACGUGGGGUUAGAGGAAGAUGAUGAAAAGACUCUGGCUUUUCGCUGUGGGUGGGACAAGUUUGUGAAAGAUCAUUCUCUCCAUGAGAGUGAUCUGUUAGUCUUCAAGUUCAACGGAUCAUCUGAGUUUGAAGUGCUGAUCUUCGAUGGAGACACCUUAUGCGAGAAACCCACUUCUUAUUUCGUCAGAAAAUGUGGACAUGCAGAGAAGACCAGCAGAGCUACAGAUUUCACUGCAACCUCUUCAAGAUCUCCUAAGAGACACAUUAACAUCCCUGAUGAUGUUGAAACCACAGUGAACCAGCAGGGACCUGUAAAAGUAUCUCCAGUUGGUAAUGAGCUAGAUGAUCUCAUUGAUAUUGAUACAAUGUUACCUCAGACUGGUAUUGAGCAAGAGGAACAUAGUAACUCUGACAUUGACACAGACUCUGGCCAGCUUCCUGUAAUAUCUCCAACUAGUAAAGGGCCCAUCAGUGAAGGGAAGUAUCCCAUUGGUGUUUUUAAGAAGAUGCGAGGACAAAUAAGUAUCAAUGAUCUCAAUCGUAAAGCUGGUGGUAGCAGAAAAAGAGUAGGUGAGACUAACAAAAAGAAAGCCUUAUCUCUGGCUAAAAGAGCCGUUUCGACGAAAGGUUUCUUGGUGGUCAUGAAACGCUCUCAUGUGGUAUCAAAGUGUUUCCUGUAUGUCCCUGUCCAAUGGAGCGCUAGGAACAUGUCUCGUGAACCUCAGGAUGUAGUGAUGCAGGUGGGUGAAACAAAAUGGCAGUUGAAGUUUAAACAUUACGGAUCUAAAGGUCGUGGUGGGGUUUCAGUGGGGUGGAAGAAGUUUGUAAGAGACAACAACUUGUGUGAAGGUGAUGUUUGUGUGUUUGAGCCAACCAAGCCCGAGGCUAAACCGUUUCAUCUCGAUGUUUAUAUCUUUCGUGCUGCAGAAGCGGAGAGUAGCAACAACACCACAAGUGAAUAACCAAAGCAAGAAUGGUUACUAUACCAUGUACAUAAGGUUAACGUAAGAAUGUAUAUGUGUUGUAGUUUUUCUCAUAAUGCUUCUAGUGAAAGCCUUUUUGUCGUUUUGUUGUCUUAUGAAGUGUAGCAAACUUGCAAUGUUACAAGAAUCUU